AUGACAGAACUCCACGAAGCCCUGUCAUGCCUCGGACCAGUAUCCUGGGAGGACGUCCCCGUCUCGUCCACCGAGCAACUACGUGAAUACGCACAGGACAUAUUCAGCAAAUCCAAACUGAUCAUCGAGACCGUCCCGGAGCAAAUAUCCUCUGACGAUAACGACGACAACAGCAACGGCAAUAAUGCAGAUGAACCAAUGUCGCUGCCUGGCGCAGGACUAUCGGCAUCCCAGUACGAGUCCCUGAGGAAAGAAUGGGGCAAACCACUCAAAAUGAACAACGCAAAGGAGAACCCCCUCAAUAUUCCCAUGUACAAACUGUCGGGCAAGGAUGGCAAGGGCGCCUGGUUUGCGCGUCGCAGUGUACACAGGGGCCUACCGUUUGCGCGGUGGAAGGCAAAGAUGCAGAUCGAAAUAGAGGAGACAUUGAAAGGGCGAGAGGAAGAAAAAAGACAAGGACGAACGCCCGAGAACAGUGUGCGAGGCAUUGGCGCUGAUGCAAAGUUGGAGAAUGUCGGGAUCGGAAACGACGGUGGCUCGCAGAAUCUGGGCUCUAUUGAUGUUUACAAGCUUUCUGCUCAGUUUCCAGGUCCGACGACAGCUCGUGACUUUGUCACUAUGAUUAUGACGACGGAUUCAAUGCCGGGAGAAGAAGGAGAAGAAAUAGAAAAAGAUGACAAUUCAUUUUUGGUUGUUUCCAAGCCAUGCAUUCAUCCCGAAGUACCACCGCAAAAUGAUUACAUCCGAGGUCAAUACGAAUCAGUCGAGAUAAUACGAGAACUGCCGGUGAAACCGAGCCAAAAAGAAAACGAAGCAAACGGCGCCACAACGGGUUUAGAAUCCCCAGCCAGCGGCUCCUCACGGUCUACUGGAUCUGGCAGCUCGACAAACAACCCUAAUCCGGUCGAAUGGAUCAUGGUAACGAGGAGUGACCCUGGCGGAAGCGUCCCCAGAUGGAUGGUUGAGCGCGGAACUCCCAAGAGCAUAACUGGAGAUACAGUCAAGUUCCUAAAUUGGGCUUCACAGCCAGAUGUUUCCGAUAAACAAGACACUGCUGAUAUCGGAGAAAUGACCAAGGAUGCCGAAACCCAACAACCAAUCGAUAGCGAGCGAGCCAAUGGACGCCUGUCAGGCAUCGAGGGGAAAUCCGAGGCAGACCAACAGCGCGAUGCUAUUGGAACAGGUAACGAGGGCGCAAAACAGCUGAACCAAGCCGUCACUGACUCUAGAGGCACUGGUCUUGUUAACAACCAGGCGUCCAACGGACUGUGGAAUAGCGUCACCAGUAUGCUCAAUAACGGAUUCGAGACUUAUGCGCCCCAGGCCGUUUUCAACUAUAUGCCUACUCACGACGAUGGCAACAACACUGUGCCGAUACAGGGUGAAGAAGACGACGACGAUGCUUCCUCAGCCGCUAGUGAUGACAGCUUCACGAGUGCUGAAUCUAAAAUUGCUGCUUCUAUAUUAGACCAGCCUGUGAAGGAACAGUCUGGAUCGACUAAUGGGUUAUCGCUUACUGCAAAUGAAGAAAUUGCCGAGAUUACAGCCAAAAAAGACCCACAAGCGAAACCAUCUUCAAAGGAGAAGGAACUGGCCAAGUUACAAACUCGAAAGAGAGAAGUUGAGACGCAGUUAACAACCAUACAAUCCGAAAUCGAAACCCUGGGCGGUACAUCGGUCAAGGAUACCGGAACAAGCGACAACGAGAGUGGCCGUACAAGCACAAGCACGAGCAGUGCAACAGUAGCAGCACUAGAAAAAACCAGCGUAAACCCGCAAAAGGUUGUACGAGAUCAGAAGCGAAUCGCUAAUUUGUCUCGAACCGAGGCAAAACUGAACUCGCAGCUCCGCAAGAUCGAAGCGCAACAACUCAAACUCGUGAAAAAAAUCGAGGCUGAUCAAAUAAAGACUACCGAGCGAGAGGAAAAGUCUCGUUCAAAGUCUGAAGCAGAAAGUCUCCGGAAAGAAGUGCAAUCGCUCAAAGAAGAGGUGCGAGAGCUGCGAGGGGAGCGGGAAAAGUGGCUGGAUAUUAUUGGCAGACUGCAAAAGGAGAAUGUCAAGUUAGCUGAGAAAAAUGGCUAG